AUGCUGCUGAGAACAAGAUUAGGGGUUACCAUGGUGUCGAAGAAACCACAGUUGUCGAUAGCUAUGUCUUUGGUACCGAUGAGAUAUAAUUCCAUUGUGGCCAAGCCAUGGUAUCUAGUACCUAAACCCAAGAAGGAAACAGUGCUGGAAGAGAUCGAAUAUCCUAAGGAAAGUCCUUCUUCUCUUACGGAAAUUACAUCUGAAUUACAAAAAUUGGGAUUAACUGAUGUGAAGAUUUUCGACCAGAGACCGAACAAUAAGGGAAUCCUGGUUGUUUCCACCACCAAAUCUAUCGCUCAUUCAAAUAAAUCCUCAAUUGAAUUGAACAAAUUUUUGAAGAAUAGGUUCAAUUCAUUGCCCGAUAAAGAAGGACUGAUAAGUAGUACAGAUACUAAAAAAUUACAAAGACGAUUAGAAAGACGUAAAAAGAUUAAAGCGAAUUUUAAUAACAAGCAAAAAGUAGGUAAACAAGAUAAUUGGGUUAUGAUAAAGUGCCAUGUAGAUGAUAUAUUUGUUAAUAUGAUAACAGCGGAAAGAAGGAAGGAACUGAACUUGGAAGAACUUUGGGCAACCACUGAAGAAGAGCGUGAAUAUUAUCAAGAUAAAGCAGCAAAGGAUUAUCAGUAUACGAAGCAACAGAGCACGGUCGAAGACGAUAAUAUAUUGGCUGGAUUGAGACGUUUGGCUUAUCAGAGAAGACAAUAUUCUACUACAUCUAGUAGCCGUCGUACACCAACACUCUUAAAUAAGUUUAUUAAGGAAAAUGAGUUUGAGAAUGCUGAUCAGUUACUUCAUAGUGAAGAGGGCUUCUUCGAUCUCGAUGUCCUGUCACGACUAAAAGUGAUAUAUAAGCACAGACCUCAUUCUAAUAUUGAAAAUAAUGUUAAUAUUCCCAAUUGGAAGUGUUAUUUCGAUAAACACUGGCCUUUGAUAUUACCUAAAGACGGAAUUGAAUCCGAAAAGUACUGGAAACUACGAUUACAAUUUUUAACAUCAUUGCAUAAGAAGUACCCACAACUGUAUACCACUCGUUGUAUUAGCAAGGAUUACUUUCUAUUGAAGAAAUCUAACGGUUUUCAAUUGACCACUGCAGAUUUCGUAGCAUUUUUAAAGUCUCUUUUGUUGACUCCAUGUAUAAAUAAGCAAUCUUUAAUAGAAAGGAACAAAACAAUCGUGGAGAUGUUAUCACUUUAUUUAAGUUCUGCUGAAGUGUCCAUGGAAGCAAUAAUAACUAAUCCUGAGGUUAUUUCCUUAUUGUUGCGAUCUUUGAUUAACGAUGACCGAACGAUAGUCCUACAAAAUCCCUUGCAAGAGCUUUUAGUCUAUUUCAAAACCAGAGGUUGGUCCAAAAAACCGCAAAGAAAAAUAAUUAUAUCUAUUUUAGAUACUCUCUUCGAACUUCGUGAUUGGAAGAAAGUUUUCUUAUUUUGGAAUACUCAAAUCUCCCGUAUUGGUCCAGAUAGCGACGAUAGGCCUUGGGCUCAUUUCAUCCACCUGUUUAAUGAAACGAAUGACUUGUCGACAAUGAAGAAACUUGUAACAGAGGGACAUCUUUUGCAGCUAAAGAGAUUUAAUACCCCCAUAGAUGAAAACUUGAGGAAGAAUCUAGAAGAACUGUUCAAUAAGGUUGAUCCAGAGGAGCAGUAUUUUGAAAAUUUGAAGUUAUUCCUAAUGGGUUAA